GUGCUGGGAUUAAAGGCGUGUUCCCCGACGCCCGGCCACCUUUUUGGUUUUUUGAGACAGGUUCUCACCGUAGAGCCCUAGCUGGUCUCACUGAGAUCCGCUCACUGAGAUCCAGCUCACUGAGAUCCGCCCAUCUCUGCCACCGGAGUGCUGGAAUUAAAGGCGUGCACCACCACGCCAGGCCUUCACGUGAUCUCUCGAAAGAGUUAAAGUUGUUUACUGAAUCUCUGUUGUGAGGCUGCAGAAACCCACACCACUCAUAUCUGUGGCAGGAGCCACACAGUGGUGAGGGGUACACAGAGUUCAGAAAUGGGGCUCUGGCAGAGGUGACAGAGCACCAGGACCCUCUGGAAGGACCCAUUCGGAGCUGGGGUGCUGCAGAGGAGGGUUGCACAGAGGCUUUCAGACCAGGCAGUGGCCAGGACCACAAGGUAGCCCAUGUUCGUAGUUUCUAUCUGUCUCCAGAGGCCACUCCAAACCCAGAAUCAUGGGACCAGGCGUAGCCAGGCUGUGGCCACAGCUGGGGAGUACCAGGAGUCCCCAGUAGGAAGAGGAAAGUAGGCAGCAUAUGCAGGUCCUGGAGGACACGUGCCUGCGGCAGGACUUCAACCCCAGUGAAUACGAUCUGAAGUUUCAGAGGACUGUGCUUGACCUCUCUCUCCAGUGGAGAUUUGCCAAUCUGCCCAACAAUGCCAAGCUGGAGAUGGUGCCUGUGUCCCGGAGCCGUGAAGGGCCCGAGAACAUGGUUCGAAUUGCAGUGCAGCUGGAUGACGGCUCCAGGUUACAGGACACUUUCUCUUCCCGCCAGACUCUUUGGGAGCUUCUCAGUCAUUUUGCACCGACUAGGGAGCAUCUGCAACAGCCAGAUGAGGUGACCCCUGUCUGCGUAUACAUGAGGGAUGAGGUGACUGGUAGAGCCGCCCUCCAGAGCACAACACUGCAGUCCCUGGGCCUGACGGGGGGCAGUGCAACCAUCAGGUUUGUCAUGAAGCAGUGUGACUCCAGAGGCAAGCAGGAGCCCACAACCAUCAGGAGCAAGGCCCCCGGAAGCCCUGUCUCCUCCAUGUCGGCUGACCAAGCAUCCAGCAGUCCUCUGCUCCCUUUGAACUCUGGGGAGCUCAGCAUGGGUGACCUGAGCCAUCAGGGUGAUGCGAGCACCUCGGGGGUCAACCUUGGGGGUAGCCCAAAGCCAGUGGAUGCUCAGGCAAAGCAGAAGGCAAAGGAGUCUACGUUUGCCCCCUUUGUUCCCUUCUCUGGUGGGGGCCAGCGGCUGGGGGGCCCUUCUGGGUCCUCAAGACCUCUGAUGUCACCUUCAGCCAAGUCACCCAAGUCCUUCUCUGGCCCUGGAGGCCCCUCUAAGCCCAAGAAGUCGAAGCCUGGUGAGGAGCAGGAGCCUGAGUUGCCUGUUGACCGAGACCCUGUGGUGUGCCAUCCUGACCUGGAGGACUUACUGCAGGCCUGGCCGGCAGAAGUGCCUGAUGAGUUCUUUGAGGUGACCGUAGAUGAUGUGAGGAGACGCCUGGCCCAGCUCAAAAGUGAGCGGAAACGCCUGGAAGAAGCCCCCUUAGUGACCAAGGCCUUCAGGGAGGCACAGAUGAAGGAGAAAUUGGAGCGCUACCCAAAGGUGGCGCUGAGGGUCCUGUUCCCUGACCGGUACAUCCUACAGGGCUUCUUCCGGCCCAGUGAGACAGUGGGGGACCUGCGAGACUUCGUUCGGAGCCACCUGGGGAAUCCUGAGCUCUCCUUUCACCUGUUUAUCGCUCCUCCCAAAAUGGUCCUGGAUGACCACACGCUGACCCUCUUUCAGGCAAACCUCUUCCCUGCUGCCCUUGUGCACUUCGGAGCUGAGGAAUCAACAGGUCUCUACCUGGAGCCUGGGCUGCUAGAACACACCGUCUCCCCAUCUGCGGCUGAUGUGCUCGUAGCCAGGUGUAUGUCCAGGGCCACUGGGUCCCCACCCCUGCUGCCAGCCCCUGACCCAGUGUCCCUGGAAUCCGAGCCAACUACUGAGAAGGGGGCACUGGAGCCCCCAGAGCCCAUCCCAGAAACAGCCCAGCCUGUGAGGAGCCUGGGUAACGUGCCCAAGUGGCUAAAGCUGCCAGCCAGCAAGAGGUGAGAGCUACAAGCCUGGAGGUGCCAAUCACAGCCACAGGACACCACCCCCCCCAAGCAGGAAUAAAGACUGGAGCUUCUCUCAA